GAGCCAAAGUAAUAAAAGGCUGACCUCACAAAGUAUUCCCCGUCUCCCUGUCUUAGUAUAGUCCACAAAGAAAGUAACGUGUGGGGGGGGUGAGUGUGGGGUGGCAGAAACGUCAUUCUCUGGUUCAAGCCUUCAGCGCUGCCUUGCAAAAGGCUACAGCACUGACACUGCGUAAAGGGGUUGCAGUGUGCUGCAGGAGCCCUGCCCACCAGCUUAAAUGUCCAAGAAGGAGGACCCCCGGGACAUCGAUGAGGAUGCCAUCCUCAAGGGCCUCAGCCCUGCGGAGAUUGAUCAGUUGGAGUAUGAGCUGCAGGAGCUGGAUCCAGAGAAUGCCAUCCUGCCAGCUGGAUUCCGCCAGCGUGACCAAACCAAGAAGAGCCCGACAGGCCCCUUUGAUAGGGAAGCACUGAUGGAGUACCUAGUUAAGCAGGCACUGGAAUAUAAGGAACGGAAUGACCUGGUUCCCUUCACUGGGGAGAAGAAAGGAAAGGCAUUCAUUCCCAAGCCCGGCACAGGCCAAAUCCCCACGCAUGAGCAGAUUACUUUGGAGCCAGAGCUGGAGGAAGCUCUCAAGAAUGCAACAGAUGCUGAAAUGUGUGACAUCGCAGCUAUCUUGGGAAUGUACACUCUAAUGAGCAACAAGCAGUAUUAUGAUGCCUUGAGCUGCAGCGGCACCAUUGCCAACACAGAAGGCAUCAAUAGUGUGGUGAAGCCAGACCAAUACAAAAUUUACCCAGACGAGCCUCCAAACCCCACAAACAUUGAGGAGACACUUCAGAAGAUCCAAGAAAAUGACAACACCCUAACCCACGUCAACCUGAACAACAUUAAGGACAUUCCCAUCCCAACAUUGAAAGAGAUCUUCCAGGCCAUGAAGACCAACUCUAACGUGAGGACACUGAGCAUAGCUGCCACCCGCAGCAAUGACCCUGUGGCAUUUGCUGUGGCUGAGAUGCUACAGGCCAACACGAGUCUGCAGAGUCUAAACAUCGAGUCAAACUUCAUCACUGGGGAGGGCAUGAAGGCCAUCAUCAAGGCCCUGGCUGUGAACACGACACUGACUGAACUCAAGAUCGAUAAUCAGAAACAAAUGCUGGGAGACUCAGUGGAAAUGGAGAUUGCCAAUAUGUUGGAGAACAACCCUGCCAUUGUGAGGAUCGGGUACCACUUCACCCAACAGGGCCCUCGUGCCCGGGCUGCCAUGGCCAUCACCAGGAACAAUGAUAUCCUUCGCCAACAGAGAUUAAGAUGAGAGGGUCCCACAUUGUGAAAGGAAGAAAGACUACAACAGUGUUCUCUUGCCAACCUACCCAUUUGCCCUACUGUCUUCCUGCUUCAAGAUGUGCAAAUCCUGAACAUGCUUCUGCUUUGCCAGUGCUGAACUCACUUCCCAAUCCAUGUUUUGGUUGCAAUGCUUUUGACACUCUCAUAAUUCAACGUUAACUUUUCUUCCCCAGAAAAAGGAUUUCAGUUCAGCAACUUCAUACUGCAGUUGGAGGCCACGUUUUCUGAGCUUUGAGCUUUUGAGAAUGAGUUUUUCUUCUAAAUGUUUUCGUGCAGUAUGUGAGGGUCCUCAUUUGCAUUGGGUUGUUGAUUGAUCACCAAAAGAAAGAUAGCUUUGAGAGCUGCUCAUAACUAGGGAGAUUCUAAGACAGGGCAACAAUACUUUAUGAGUCUGCCUACGUCCCCACAUUUGUGCAAAAUUUCA